UUCAACAUUACAGUUCGACUUCAUGAUAGUAUUGCAGAGGAAGGCUUCCACUACUUGGUUUUUGACCUAGUUACAGGAGGAGAGUUGUUUGAAGACAUUGUAGCCAGGGAAUAUUACAGUGAGGCCGACGCAAGCCACUGCAUACAACAGAUCUUGGAGAGCGUAGAACAUUGUCAUAAAAAUCUUAUAGUUCACAGGGAUUUGAAGCCUGAAAACUUGUUGCUAGCAAGCAAGUUAAAGGGUGCUGCAGUAAAGCUUGCUGACUUUGGUUUAGCCAUAGAACUUGAUAACGGAGAGCAGUGGUAUGGCUUUGCAGGGACACCAGGUUACCUAUCCCCAGAGGUGCUCAGGAAAGAUCCUUAUGGAAAACCAGUUGACAUAUGGGCCUGUGGUGUUAUAUUAUAUAUUCUUCUGGUUGGCUAUCCACCUUUCUGGGAUGAGGAUCAACAUAGACUCUACUCACAGAUCAAAACUGGAGCAUAUGAUUACCCCUCACCAGAAUGGGAUACCGUGACCCCGGAGGCAAAGAACCUGAUAGAUAUGAUGUUGACUGUCAAUCCAACAAAGCGUAUCUCAGCAUGCCAGGCUCUCAAGCAUCCAUGGAUACAUAACCGAGAUGGCUACGCUUCAACUGUGCACAGACAAGAAACUGUCGAAUGCCUGAAGAAAUUCAACGCUAGACGCAAACUUAAGGGUGCCAUCCUCACCACGAUGCUGGCUACUAGGAACUUUUCCAAACGUUUCUCAAAAAGCAGUACGGAGCGGGAAAAUAAAACUAUCUGCCUUUCCAUGGCCCAAGGAAUAUCAGCGGCUUCUCAGCAGGCACAGCAGGCCAGUUCAGGCUCAGCACAAAAUAAAUCAGGGGGCAGUCAAGAAAAGGCCACCCGGACUCUACAACUGCAGAAGAAAGAUAAUGGCAUCAAGGAGUCUCCAGAGGGCAGCACAAUGGAUGAGGAUGAUCUUAGAGUGCGGAAGCAAGAUAUCAUCAAGAUGACAGAAUCUCUUCUAGAGGCAAUUAAUGUAGGCGACUUUGAAUCAUACACCAAACUAUGUGAUCCACAUAUGACUUGUUUUGAACCAGAGGCCAAUGGAUUUCUCAUAGAAGGAACUGAUUUCCACAAGUUUUAUUUUGACACAUUGUGGAAUAAGAACAGUCGAAACCGGAAUGUGACCAUCUUACAUCCUAGAGUUCAUCUCUUAGGUGAUGAUUCAGCAGCAAUUGCUUACGUCAGGCUUACACAGUUUAUUGACAAGGCCGGAAAUCCAGUGACUCAUCAAUCAGAAGAGACACGAUUAUGGCACCGCCGUGACGGCAAGUGGGUCGUAAUUCACUUUCACAGGACAGGCCAACCUAGCAUGAGCAUGGGUAGCAAGUAACCCCUGAAAGGCAACCUAGGACCCUCUUAAGACUGGCUAGAGAAAUGGAGGCGGAGGACUGUUGUCUCAUGACUUACCAAAUAAAACAAAUAAUUUUUGAGAAAAAAAAUAACAAGGAUUGAAAUCCGCCUCUUUGAGAGAGUGCAUAGAAGCAAAGCUUUAUUUUGUUGAGAUCUGAUAGAAUGUGGUAAUAUACUUCUCUCUUUCCUUCUAUGUGUGUGUCUGGUAGGGCGCCCUCUAUUGGAGAGCGGGGUGAUAGGGAUCCAGCAAGGUAUUGAUGGUUUGAUUUGAAGAGCCAGCAUCAUUCAUUUAACUUGAACAAGCUAGAGGGUAGCUGAACUUUCAUCUGAUGAGAAAUGAUUUUAGGGGAUCCGAGCAUAAUGCUCUUAAUUGCUUGAAUGAAUUUUGACAGAAAGAGAAAGAAACAGUUAAUCCUCAGUUUGAGUUUUUAAGAUUUAAAGUGAUUUGCCUUGAAUGAUGCAAAGAGCUGAUUGAUGAUGAGAUGAGGUGUUGAUUAUUACACCAAGGCUUAGUGUUAUCAAUGAGCCAUUGUUCAGAAUAAACACCAUGGCAUUGUUAAUGCACUAAAAAGUGUCAACUGGUGUUUGAAGAAAACAUGGUGUUAAAGAUACACCUUAACAUUGAUGCAGACUUUCAGCAUGUGCUUUUUAGUCUGGCAGUUGACAUAGGACCAUGUUUGUUGGACGGGAUUCCAAAAUGCCUCCUAACUUUUGAUUUAUUUACCACAGUGGUCGGUGGAGAGAGAUAUUUGCUAAAAUAUAGAAGGUUGAUGCCUGUCUAAAUAGAUGGUGUAGUAUGGUUACUUGGUGGAAUUUUGAUUGGUUUAAAGGUUGAUGAUAUUCCACCAUGUGUUUUGAUGCUGAGAAAGAAAAACAAGAACCAAAUCUCAGGUUUGUAGUAAGAGCUGUUUGUUUUGAUGACAUGAUUUUGAUGAAUAAUCGACCCACUGUGGAAUUAUGGGUAAUAAUACGAUUGACAUGGUUUAUUACCUAAUGGAAGGCUCGCGAGGGAAAAAUUGAAUAUAUUCUGGGGAAAAAGGUGUUAUUUGGUUGAAUUUAGUAUCCAUGUGUUUGUCAAAAGAGAUGUGUGUAUGUUUGUGAAUAAUAUUGAUGCUUUUUUUCUGUAUAGUAUUAGUUAUAAUUCCUGUCUAUUACAUGUAUGUAAAGGGUAUAUUCAUGAGUGUAGUCCUCUUGUAAAGGGGCAAACCUCCAGAAUUUUGUUUUUAUUUUAAUGACCUCUUAAGGCAUGAAAAUUGCAACUCUUUUCUCCUACCAUCUCGUGGUCAGUAACAUGAACAAAAAACAUUUGUUGGAAAUCGCUUUUAGAUAUCCACAUUGAAUUAAAUGUGUACUCUGUGUGUAGAUGAAGACGAUAUACCGUAUAAUCUGUUUAUUCUAGGUUACCUUUUCAAGAAUUUAUGUAUGCGACUUAUUCAGAAGAAUUCUGGUAAUAUCUUCUGGAUAUCCCUAUUACGUUGGUAAUGGUGUCCUAGAUUGUUUCGUUCCAGAUUGGUUUUGUUAUUAUUGUGGCACCUCAUUUUCCAUCCUCCGUUGAAAAAUCUCCGGUUAACGACCAAUCUCUGCUACAUUUGCAAGAAACUCUUUGUGGUUUCAAGAUGCAUCUUUGUGAUUGAGAAGAUUUGUAGAUGGGAGACGCCCUUUUUUUGUAUCCCAAGAACCCUAAGCUUUUGAGAUGUAUUUCCAGUGUGUGAUUCAGUGUUUGAAACCUCACUUUCUUUCUAUCUCACUCCAUAUAGAUUUCACAUUUUCUUAACGGUUGCAAUUCAGUGAAGAAGUAAAUGAUGUGUAUAAAGGGUAUUCUUGACAAUUUUGAUGUUGAAGAACGGUUGGUUGAAUCAAAUGAAAUUGAAUUGAAUUACAGAUCUGGUUUGAAAAGGAAGGAAAUUUGAUUGGAAGUUUUUGUUUCUUCAUGUCUAAUAUAAAAUUUGUAAUGAUAUUUUGGACAAUCUGACUUGUAACAGUAAAAUGAAGGUUUGUUACGGUAUUGAGUUUCAUGAUCCCAAAGAAUAUGAAAUAAUAUGUCCUUUAUAGCAAUCUAGCAGAAAACAGUAUUGGACAUAUUAUCUUGUCGACAUUUCAACGUGCCAUGGAAUGCUGACAGUGAGAUGAAUCCUUUUAUCUUUAUUCUAUAUUCACUGUUAGAUUUGGUUAUCCCCGAGAUAGAUUUUCAUCAUACUCAUUGACAAGCCAACUCUCAGGCAUAUGCAGGUCAGUUUGUGUAUUCUAUAUCAAAAUCCUUACGUGAGAUCAUCUUCUUUGAGAUACCAAACCCUCAUUUGAAACCUCAAAUAUUAAUUGUGAAACAUGAAUUGCCUUUUUGAUGUUAUCAUCAAAAUCACCAUAUCCUUCAUCCAUUGUGUUUGUUGAAAAAAUGUAAUGUCAAUAUCCUUUCGUCCUUGCCACACUGAUCUAAUCAGUCCAUUUAAAAUCUGCCAUUAGUAUGCUGGAAUUUAAGAUGCAUAGUUUGGGAAUUUUUUGGAGCUAAAUCACCUGCCUGUUGUACUUGAAUCUUGUUGUUCUCAAAAAGUAUUUUCAAUUCUGAAUUCUCAAAAUCAUACUCUUGCUGUAUUCAGUCACCGAAUGAGGACUAUCUAAGUACUCUCAUAUGCAUGAAAGACAUGCCUACAUGUUGCCAAAGACUUUAAGAGUAUUUGACUUUUGAAACCCCUGUUGUGGUCAAAUCCCCCCCCCCUGGCGGUAGUAGCAACUCUUUCCAAGUCAUGUCAAGAUUCACUACCAUUACUGCUUUUGUUGCAAACUUGGUUGACAUGUUGUCAAUCCUGUAUCAUCUGUCAGAUAUUUGAAAGAUCGAUGUAGAAUUCCUUUGAUUCCUGACUGUUGGAGAUAAAAGGCUACAUAAUGUAAAUUCUAACCAACUGAUUUUACUUUCCUUCCAUUAAACCAAAUAAAUCAUACCCAGUCAUGUUUGUGAAACUGUUUUCUGUUGUACAUGAACCUCUUUGUCAAAUUGCCCUAUCAGUUUAGCUCAUGUAAAUUGGAAUGAUGAAUACGCCACUUUGCAGAGCAAAAGAAAGGACGUACAAAGCACUUGUUGAUUUCUUUCAUUCAUACGUGUAAGUGCAAUAGCUGUCAAAGUUGAUUGUUGUGCAAAAAGACUGUUAUAUGAGAAGAUGCAAUUAGGAGUUUGAUGAAGAAAUACAACCCACCGGAGAAAGAAAAAGAACAUAUGAUUUUUUUGUUAUCUGUUCCCAACCACUUGUAUCCCCUUUUAGGAUGAGUUGAAAUCCUCCUGAGAUACUGUUCUUUUAUCGAAACUCACCAUGGACUCAUUUCUCUGUGAUUGUCCACCCAAAUCCCAAGCUAUUUCUCUUGUAAAAGAAAAGAAACAAUACUUUUGUCAACAAUUACAGCUUUUUCUAAGCUGGAUUUGUGCCUUUUUUUAAACAUGUCGGAAAGUUUGAAAUAAAACAGGACUUUAAUAGAUUUUAGUAGUUGUAUUACUGUCUGUACACAUAGUUGGUCAUAGGAUCGCAUGGCGGGAAAGAUUUGAAGUAAAGGUAGAUCUUAAAUAUGCAAUGUAAAACGGGACAUUUAUACGUCCUCUCCGUCUAUCUGACGAUGGUGUCUAUAAGGGAACGAAGAUUUUUUUUCCUUCAUUUUUAUUCAUGUUGAUGUAUGGUAUAUGUAUAUGAGUAAAUAUAUGUUAACACUGUAAAGAUUCUAUUGAAAGUUGAUAAGCGAGAGGGAAGCGGGAUGAGACCGAUUGCUCAAGGAGUGAUCUCUUCAACAGAUCUCGUAGGAAUUCAAUCAUGUCAAACAAAAUUGAUCGUCGCCAGACAUACAUGUAAAACUGCAAAAUAAGCAACAAAAAAGGUGAAUAUACAUAUUUAUUCAAGAUUUUGUGAUAUAUCUUAGGUAAUUCAAGGUGUACCUUGGCUGCACUAAUAACUGGUUAUAAGCAAUUUUAAUCACUGAUAAGUAGAUUAGUAUUAUGAUAUAUAUAAUGUAUCUAUCCUAAGCAUGAACUGAUGAUAUGGUUAUUAUGUUUGAUAUUGAUUCCCCUUUCAGGCAAUGCAUUUUCUUUUCUAUUCAUGAAAAAUGUAUGAUUUAUAGAUGUCUUUUUCCUUCUUUUUUCAGAUGAACUUUUUCUUUGCAAUUAGAUAAAUUUAUAUUAUUGAUAUUAUCAUUAUUAUUGUUUGGUGUACCAAUGUUUAAUAUAUAUUGCUAGCUCCUAAAUAUAUGUGCAUAUUUGUCAUGGAAUAUAUAAAAUCUCUCUUCUUUUUUGUUGAAAAGCAAUGUAACUAGUGUUAAUAUUGAUUUUUCUAAUGAGUAUAUCUAGCAAAUCAUGUUAUUUGUAGAAGUAGUGUAUUUUUCAUAUUCACCGGAGAGUGAAUAUUUCUUGUUCCAUUUUUUCAAGUCACUUUUAUUAAAGAUUGCUGCAAAAAGUAAAAAAAAAGGAGCAAACAAAAAAAAUAUUGAAAUGAACGGAUCUGCAGGAGCGGAAUCCAUUGAUGAGAUUACCUCUUUAUUUGUGCACCUUAACAUGUUGACUCUUGUACCCAUAGCAACCUCUAUAUAAACUCUGCACUGGUGGUAGAGGUAGCAGUAUGAGGGUUAAAGAAUCAAGUGUUUCAAAAUACACACUAUAAACAGGUUGAUGCAUUACAACGAAACGAAAGACUUGUACAAUCUAUAUAUUACUCAUUGCAAUGUAAACUUCUUUCUGUUUUUCUUCUCUUCGGGAAUGUACAUAUUUUUCAAAUUGCACAUAAAUGUAGAUGUUUUUGAGUGCAAGAAAGACUUACCUGAGGUGAGGUUCUCACUUAUGUAGUAGAGAUAAUAUGGUUAUAUGUAGUAGUAUUGUCGGGUGCAAAAGGUCAGAUCAGCCAUAUCGUCUGCUGGGGUAGCUGUUACGGGGCAUCUUCCUUUCUACUAGUAAUUCAUGACUUGCUAAAAUCAUAUUUGGAUAAUCUCAUUUAAUCCCUUUGGAACCAAAUAAUCCCUGGAUUAGUCUCCGAGGCUCAGAAGAAUUCUGUCCUUUCCUACGGUCAUUUCCCUGAUAUUUUUCCUUG